UUUCACUCAUCAGAAAUCCAUUAUUCUAUCUGGCAGACUCUGUGUCGCUCACUACUUCCCAAAGUAACUAACCCCGUCUGCUGCCCCAUUUUCCCGGACUCCAGCCCAACUUUCGAGCUGACUGAACCCGCAUCCCCCGCCAAGCGCCAAUACUUCCCCUUCUCCCUCUCCAUUCCUACAAGUAUCAAGCCGGCGAGCCCUCCUCCUUCCCUGUCUCAGCUCACCGUCUCCCCUCCCGCGCCACACAGACAUAACGCCCAACAAGACGGUGCAGACUGCCACGCCCGCGCGCGCCAUGACCUGGAACAAGUCCCCGGCCGACGGCGGCGCCGGAGCGGCCGCCUCGGCCGUCGACGGCUCCGACACCGGCCUCGCUCGCCUCCGCGAGCUCGGAUACAAGCAGGAGCUCAAGCGCGACCUCUCGGUGCUGUCCAACUUCGCCUUCUCCUUCUCCAUCAUCUCGGUCCUGACGGGGAUCACCACGCUCUACAACACCGGCCUCAACUUCGGCGGCCCGGCCACCAUGACCUUCGGCUGGUUCGUCGCCGGCGCCUUCACCAUGACCGUCGGCCUCUCCAUGGCCGAGAUCUGCUCCUCCUUCCCCACCUCCGGCGGGCUCUACUACUGGAGCGCCCGCCUCUCCGGCAAUCGGUGGGCGCCCUUCGCCUCAUGGAUCACCGGAUGGUUCAACAUUGUUGGGCAGUGGGCGGUCACCACCAGCGUGGACUACUCCCUCGCGCAGCUGAUCCAGGUGAUCAUCCUGCUCGGCACCGGCGGGAAGAACGGCGGCGGGUACCUGGCGUCCAAGUACGUCGUGAUCGCCUUCCACGCCGCGAUCCUGCUCAGCCACGGCGUCAUCAACAGCCUCUCCAUCACCUGGUUGUCUUUCUUCGGCCAAUUCGCUGCCGCUUGGAAUAUGUUAGGUGUCUUUGUCCUGAUGAUUGCUGUACCGACCGUUGCUACCGAGAGGGCCAGCGCCAAGUUUGUGUUCACCCAUUUCAACACCGACAACGGCGCUGGAAUCCACAGCAACUUCUACGUGUUUGUUCUGGGGCUCCUGAUGAGCCAGUACACACUGACAGGAUACGACGCUUCUGCGCAUAUGACUGAAGAAACGAAAAACGCAGACAAGAACGGCCCGAUCGGUAUAAUCAGUGCCAUCGGCAUAUCGAUAAUCGUAGGCUGGGGCUACAUCCUUGGCAUCACGUUCUCAGUGAAGGACAUACCCUACCUGCUGAGCCCUGACAAUGACGCUGGAGGGUACGCGAUUGCUGAGGUAUUCUACCUCGCCUUCAAAAGCCGGUACGGGAGCGGCGUUGGUGGCAUCAUCUGCCUGGGGAUCGUCGCCGUCGCCAUAUACUUCUGCGGCAUGAGCUCAGUGACAAGCAACUCGAGGAUGGCGUAUGCGUUCUCGAGAGAUGGCGCGAUGCCGUUCUCGUCCGUUUGGCACAAGGUGAACAAGCAAGAAGUGCCGAUCAACGCGGUCUGGCUCUCGGCUUUCAUCGCCCUCUGCAUGGCUUUGCCGUCUCUGGGAAGCCUGGUGGCGUUUCAGGCGAUGGUGUCGAUCGCGACGAUCGGGCUGUACAUCUCGUACGCGCUGCCGAUCCUGUUCCGGGUGACGCUGGCGCGGAAGCACUUCGUGCCGGGCCCCUACAACCUGGGGCGGUACGGCGUGCUGGUGGGCUGCGUCGCCGUGCUCUGGGUGGCCACCAUCACCGUGCUCUUCUCGCUGCCGGUCACGUACCCAGUGACCAAGGACACUCUCAACUACACCCCGGUCGCCGUCGGCGGGCUCUUCUUCCUCGUGCUCUCGUCGUGGGUCCUCAGCGCCAGGCACUGGUUCAAGGGCCCCGUCACGAAUUUGGACGGAUGAAUAGGCUGGUCGUUUUCGCCUGUAAAAUGUACUGUGUUGUUACAAGCUGGUGCAUGCGUUCAACGGGAGAAGAAAGGGAUAGUUGGUGGCAACGAGAUGUUGCAAUUAGCUUGUUCGACAGAUUUGCAACGCAACGGGAUGAGUGAAUUACAGUGGCCGUCAAUUGGCAAAACGCAUUUAAGAAGUAAGAUUGGCAGAUUAACUGCAUCUUUUUAUAGAGACAAACAUGUCCGUUUAAGAGGUGGAACGUGAAACUCCCACCUUCAACUUGAGACACUCAGAUUGGACCCGACACA